GACAAAACCUGCAGUUUCCUAGUUGUUGAAAACAAAGAGAGGAAACAAAGAGAGGGAGGGGAAACUGAAAAAGCGAGGGAUUUUGUGUGUUGUGUUACGGCGGUUGACGGCUCUCUUUUUUUCCUUCAUGAAUUGGAUUUGAUCCGUUCUGAGUUUAUACAUUUUAUUUUAGUUAAUCAAACCCUAAUGUAUUCUUCUUGUUUUAAUUAGGUUAAUUAAUUAUUAUUUUUAAUUAAUUAACCAAUUAAAAUAUACUUUAUUAAUGUGUUCUGUUAUUCAGAUUAAAAUCUUGAGAUUCUGUUUUUAACCUAAAAACCCUACUUUGAAUGGCCAUGACGGCUGAUUCUACUGCCAAUCAUCACUCUCCACGUGGCUCGGGAUUCUCCGGUGACGGUCUUUCUAGCCCUCAAUUACGGCGCAAGAAUUUGCCCUCGCCGUGGGCUCAGGUUGUACGAGGCGAGCCGGAAUCAGUUUCAGCGGCUGUUCAACAUUCUUCCCCAUCGCCAUCACCGCCACCGCCGCCGCUGACUUCUAUAUCUGAGUCAACCGAUAACUUAUCUUCCUCGAAGGUGGCUUCAGCGUCAUCAUCUCCGCCGCCGGAUAAUUCUAUGGCUGCUGAGAACUUGGAUGCUAAUAACAGCAAUGCGGCUCGCCCAAAGAAGCUGGCGUGGAUCAAGCCAUCAAACGGCGUCGUUGAGAUUGGUCCUGUCAUGGGAGCUGUUUCUUGGCCCGCGUUAUCUGAAUCCACUAAGCCUUCCCCAAAAUCAUCAGUAGCGGACUCCUCUUCUUCAAAAACCCUUUCUGAUGGAUCAGUUUCUAAUAAUCAGGUGCCUGUAAUUCCACAUUUACCUCCGAAGCUCACUAGUCCUAACGCAAACCCUAGUUCGAACACAAAUCGCACAAUGUCAGCUCGACAAAGGUCGAGGCGCGGUGGCGGUGCAACCAGCUCUGGGGGUGGCCCUGCACAGACUGCUUUCACUCGGUCUCCUCAGCCACCUCCGCCACCUCCACCACUACCACAAGCAUUCCCAAUUGCAAUGUCUCCAAAUGGUGUUGGGAAUCUUGUGCAGGCGUUUCCAGAUCCUUCUCCAAGAGAGCCCCUAUAUAGAGGCAAUAACUGGGAAACCAGAGCGGUGGGAGGAUUUGUGUCGCAAUCACAUCCUUUGAAUGAGCACCGCAAUUCUUCACGGAGAGGUAACUAUGGACCGCGUGGAGAUGGUACUUACCAUAACAAUUAUGGCAGUAGACGGGAUCAAGACCGUGGAAAUUAUGCAAAUGCCAGAGAUGUUCAUCUGCAGCAGCAAAGAGGUCCUCCGAGGGGCUUUGUUAGGCCUCCACCACCCACUGCUGGCACAUUUGUACCACCUCAACCUAUUAGACCUUUUACAAACCCCAUUGCGUUUUCUGAUUUCAUAUAUCUCCAUCCACAUAUGGAGCCCUUCAGGCCCUUCAUGACUGCACCAAUGCUUAUGCCUGUUGCAGAACCUCCUCUGCAGACUAUGUUAGUCCGUCAGAUUGAUUAUUAUUUCAGUGAUGAGAACUUGGCAAGAGAUGAAUUUUUGAAGUCUAACAUGGAUGAUCAGGGAUGGGUAACCAUUACUUUAAUUGCAAGCUUUCCUCGAGUUAAGAAUUUGACAAAUAACAUUCAGUUGAUAUUGGAUUCCUUGAGAACUUCAGCUGUUGUAGAAGUACAGGAGGAAAAGGUGAGGAGGCGUAAUGACUGGAUGAAGUAUAUUCCGCCUUCCAGUCGGGUUCUCACUGAGUCAGGACUAGCCUCUCCGAGUGGAUCAAGUUAUGGAGUGCUCACAACUGCAUUUCAGAAGAUCACAGUGGAAGGAGAAGAUAAUGCAAACCCUCACUCUGAAGAUGCUUCAAGAAGACAAUUCUCUGAAUCGACUGGCCAGUCAAAACUCUGCAAUGGAGAUGGUUCUGAAGUUACAUUAUCAAACGAAAACUGAAUUAUGUAAGCCCCACUAAGUUAAAGCGCAAUUCUAUUGGAUGGUGCUUGUUUUUGAAAGGGAGGGGGGCUGCUGCCAUGAAAGGUGUAUGAACAUCUUUCUUUCUCUGUGGCAAUUCUCAAAUUUUGGAGGAAUAUUUUGCCGAGACAAGUUGAGGGAGUGAAAGAAAUAUAUAUAAAUUAUUUUUGGAAUAUAAAGAAAGAGAACAAAGUGAGACAAGAACAGCUUAAGAUCAUUGACUGGGUUGAAUUAUGAGGUUAUUGCGUUGUAUAGUUUGAUAUUUUGGAUGGUUUUGUUCUUAUUAUUUGAUGAUUUCUUGUGGAAUGGAUAGUCAUAGCAUCCAAGAGAAUUUCACAAUUUUUA